CAUCGCAUCUGCCCGACUAUGGCGGACGGACAGUGAAGUAUGGUAGAAGUCCUUUUUAAAUCGGAAAGUAUCGACUUUAGCCAAUGGCAUAAACCGGGUUUUCUGUAAAAAUUGUACAUUGUAAAUAGUCCUGUGUACAUAUAGUAAUUAUAUUUGUGGUCGUUUUGUUUAGAAAUUGUGUGAAUAGUGUAAUAUUUUGAGUGUUUAUUGAAUUCAGUUCUCGACGCCGACAAAUCCCUAGCCAGUGUGUUAAUACAUUGGCUUAUACCAUAAAACACAAAAAUAAGUGAUAUCACACCGCUUUUAUGCUGUUUACAAGCGUAUUUGUCAUUUGUCUUUGUUUCUAAGUCGUCGAAACAAGCCAUUGCAGUUUCAUGCAAUAUUUUGGUAUCCCUUAGCGGCUGUCAUCGUGCUUCGUUAAAACUAGUAGCUGUCAUUACAAAGACAAAAAGAUUAAAAUAGUCUCUAAAUGGCUUCAAUUUAGUAUUACGCUAGCCGCAUGUAGUAUGUUUGAUGAUGUAAAUCAUAAAAAAAUAAUAUAGAUCGAUUAAUAUUUACCGUAGCCGUGUUAUACAGAGAUUGUGAUUAUUUGUUUACGGUUGUGAGGUAUUGAAGCAUUGUGGAACUGAAUGCUUGAGCCUCACGAUAGCCCAAUGAAGUGGCCAGGCACAGGCGGUGAAGAAGAGGCUGGAGAAGGGGGAUUACAAACGGCGCGAGUGUCCCAGAACCGCGCUCAGGAUGAUGCUGGUGUACACUAUGUGUUUCAGCGUGAAAGCCAAGAAGCAGAAUUAUCUUCUUUAGCAUCGAAACAGCGGUGGGCCGUUGGUGAUGAUAAUAUUGCCGAGAAUCAGGAUAAAUGGAAACACCCUGCUCCAAUGGCAAUGAAUAAUAUGCAACAAGGUCAGAUGGUGCCCAUGAAGAACUCUCAGGGCACACCACAACAAUUUAUUAACCAGAAUAUUGCGUCGUCUGUUGGACCUUUAGCCAUUAAUCCUUCUGUUAUUGGAAGUCAUCCUCAUUUGACAACUAACAUGGUUCAUACUCAAAUUGCACCACUUCAAAACCAAGCAUUGGGAAGUAAUCUUACAAUACCAAACAGUGCUAUGAUGUUGCCAGCUCUACAAGGCAUGCAAAAUGCUCCUCAAUUAGGACAGCAAGGAUUGUAUGAUAUGCACCAACAUCAUGGAAAUCCAAUGCAAGCCAUGAAUGGUAUUGGGAAGAGUGCUGAACAUAUGAUGUAUUUAAGCCAGGCAGGAAUGCUCGCACCUGGAACAAACCAAUUUCUUCAACAAGGACAGAACCAAUUAGGAUUAGCACCAAUACCUGCGGUCAGAAAUCAGAUUGCACCUGCUGCAAAAAAGCUAUGGGAUAAGGGCCCAGGUGCUGGAGGUGACAGCAAAGGUCCACCACAGUUACCACCUUUGCAGCUCAACCCUGAACAAAUGUGGCGUGAUUCUACUUGGUCCGCACAAGUGGAACAUAAUGUCGGUGUACCAAUGAUGGGCACACGCCGUGGCGUGACAUUCCCUGGCGGAGACGCAGGCAGUAUCCUCUCGCCCAGAGAUACAGCGGGUCUUGGCGUCAAGAUGGUAGAAUAUGUUCUUGGCGGAUCGCCUACAGCUGGUGGAGUGGCUUCUGGCGGUGGAAAUGAAAAGGUUACUGGUGUAGUGGCUGGCCUAAGAGGGAUGGUUCUAGAAGAACGAAAUGAAGAAAAAUCUGGCUCACCCUUCGAAAAGGAUCUCCAUGAGUUGCACGAUCACGGACCCUUACCAAAUGGCCUUCAUAAUGGCCAAGAAGAUGAUAAAGCGUUCAAUCGCACGCCGGGGUCGCGGCAGCCGUCACCGGCGGAGGAGGAGGGCGGCGUGGGUGUGGGCGUGGGCCAGGCCGGCGUGCCGCACGUGGGCGUGCGCAACGGCGACGCGGGCGCGUUCCCGCUGCUGCCGCCGCACGCGCUGCCCGCGCACCAGCCGCAGCCGCUGCACCACCUGCCGCACCUGCAGCACCCGCAGCACCCGCAGCACCACCCGGGAAUGUUGGGGGUAGCUCCACUUCAAGGACUGCCACAUCCACAACACCCUCAAAUACAUCCUGGCAUGACAUUGAACGAUUCCAUGAAUCAACACAUUGAACUUGUUCUUCAAAUGGAGCAACAUCCUCAAUUCGACAACAACAGCUUUGCCAAUACGCAGCAGUACGCGGGCGGCGUGGGCGGAGUGGGCGGCGUGGGCGGCGUGGGCGCGGUGGGCGGCGGCAGCGGCGGCGCCGCGCUCGUCAACGGCGCCGCCGUCGGCCCGCCCGCGCCCGACUCGGCGCAGCACCACCAGCCCUUCGACGUGCAGCAAUUAUUCCGAUCCCAACAAGCGGCGGCGGCGGGCGGGCAGGCUGCGGCGGCGCAGCUGCAGCUGCUCCAACAGCAGCAACAACAGCAGUUCCAACUGCAGCAGCAGCUCGCCGCCCAGCAGGCGUUCACGCAGGCGCCGUACGUGAUCAACGCCGGGCAGGAAGGCGCGCCGUACGUGAGCGCGCUGAUCGCCGGUGUGCCGCCGUACUACGGCGUGGCGGCGCCGUGGGGCGUGUACCCCGGGCUCGUGGCGCAGCCGGCGCAGCAGCAAGCGCAGCAGCCGCGCCGGCCGCUCACGCCGGCGGGCGGCGAGCAGCAGGUGAACGGGCAGGGCCAGUACGUGAUCCCGUACUACGACCCCGGCUCGCUGGUGAUGGGCGCGCGCAACGGCACGCCGCUGCGGCUCGUGUCGCCGGGCGGCGUGCUGGCGCCGCGCCAGUACCCGCCCGCGCACCCCGCCGCCACGCCCGCGCCGCACCAGCCGCCGCAGCCGCAGCCGCAGCCGCAACCCGGCGGCGUGGCGGCGCGGCGCGACUCGCUGGAGUUCGGCGGCGGGCCCGCGGGCGCGCUGCAGGAGUACGCGCGCAAGUGGGGGCCCUCGCCGCUGUCGCCGCCGCUCGCCGCCGCGCUCGGGCCCGUGGGCCUGCGCCCCGUCUCCGCCGCGCCCGGCGCCGAGACCGCCAAGUACAGAGCCGUCAGCAGUUUAGCACAAGGUUUAACGUCAAAUGGCGGAAUGUUCGGAUCAUCAUCUUCGUUAUUGAGCAAACUGAGUGGCGUCGGAACCAUCUCAGAACUGGUCGGCGGCGGGGUGGGCGUGGGCGUGGGCGUCGGGUCGGUGGGGGUGGGCUCGGUAGGCGCGCUGGUGGGCGACAAGCCGGCCGCGGGCCGCUCGCGCCUAUUGGAGGACUUCCGCAACAACCGCAUCCCCAACCUGCAGCUGCGCGAGCUCGCCAACCACAUCGUCGAGUUCUCGCAGGACCAGCACGGCUCGAGGUUUAUACAGCAAAAGUUAGAGCGCGCCACAAAUCAGGAAAAGCAAAUGGUGUUUAAUGAGAUAAUUGGCGCGGCGUACAGUCUAAUGACGGAUGUUUUUGGAAAUUAUGUGAUACAGAAAUUCUUUGAGUUUGGCACGCCUGAACAGAAGACGACGUUAGCGCAAAAAGUGAGAGGGCAUGUGCUGGCGUUGGCACUGCAGAUGUACGGGUGCCGCGUCAUCCAGAAGGCGCUCGAGUCCAUCCCGCCCGAGCAACAGCAGGAGGUGGUGCGCGAGCUCGACGGGCACGUGCUCAAGUGCGUCAAGGACCAAAACGGGAACCACGUGGUUCAAAAGUGCAUCGAAUGUGUGGAGCCGAGUGCGUUGCAGUUUAUAAUAAACGCGUUCGCGGGGCAAGUGUACGCGCUGUCGACGCAUCCGUACGGCUGCCGCGUGAUCCAGCGCAUCCUCGAGCACUGCACGCCCGAGCAGACCGCGCCCGUGCUGGCCGAGCUGCACGCGCACACCGACCAGCUCAUACAGGACCAGUACGGCAACUACGUGGUGCAGCACGUGCUGGAGCACGGCGCGGCGGAGGACCGCGCGCGGCUGGUGGCGGCGGUGCGCGGCAAGGUGCUGCAGCUGUCGCAGCACAAGUUCGCCUCCAACGUGGUGGAGAAGUGCGUCUCGCACGCCACGCGCAACGAGCGCGCGCUGCUCAUCGACGAGCUGUGCGGCUUCAACGACAACGCUCUCCACGUUAUGAUGAAAGAUCAGUACGCUAAUUACGUAGUGCAGAAAAUGAUAGACGUGGCGGAGCCGACGCAACGCAAGGUGUUGAUGCACAAGAUCCGGCCGCACAUCGGGUCGCUGCGCAAGUACACGUACGGCAAGCACAUAAUCGCCAAGCUGGAGAAGUUCUUCAUGAAGGCACCCGAGCUGGGCCCCAUCGGGCCGCCGCCGCCCAACCCGGUCCUGUAGGGGCCGCGCGCCCCGCCGGCCCGCGCCGCCCGCGCCGCCCGCGCCGCCCCCGCCCGCACCGCACCGCAUACUGCGACCCGCUCUCCUUUAUUUGAAGCGAACUAGUCGCUUUUAUAGUGUAUCGAUAUGAGAUUAUUUAUUACUUGUGAAUUGGAAACGUACACUGCAUCGACAGUGUUUAAUGAAAUUUAAUGUGAUUCAUGAAGCGCGUUUACGGAGAGUUGCACGGUAGUCCUCGUUAUGACAUUAGGGUUAAAUGAAACGAUGCUGUUAAAUAAAUUAAUAAAAAGAGAUAAGUAAAAUGGCACCACUGCACAAAUCUGCUAGUGAUCGGCUAUCGGUAUUAUUGGUGGAGUAUAGUGAGUAGGGAGGGCCGGAGGCGCGCGGCCUCUGGCUGAUGCGACGGCGCGGGUUCCCGCCUAUUAUAAAUUUGUGAAUAUUGCGAUUGUACAUUUGUAACUAUAUAGAUCGUGGCGCGGGCCCCCGCCCGGCGCCUGUACAUAGUAGCGGCAGACUGAUGUACAGAACGAUACGAUUACUGUUACUGUUAUCCAUAGUUGUACAGCGUCGACGCCGACCGGUGCUCGGCCGUCGCCUCGCCGCGCCGCACCGACUUAGCCUAUAAGUGUUCUAGUAUUAUUCCUUGUUCGUAUGAAUCUAUGUAUAAAUAUUUUGAAAGUCUCUCAUUCUCGUGUAAUUUAUGAUUCGAAAAAAAGUAGCAGUCGAUGAAUCCGUGUGUUUCCGUAAUUUUAGCUCGUCGUAGAUUUACUAUUAGCUGGGCUAGGGGACCUUGAAUCUUAAAGCGACGAACGGAUGCCGCAGGCAGUUCUGGACAAUCGGCACUAUAGUCGUGAUUUAUUAUUAUCGUUUUUUAAUGUUCGAGUCGAGCUCUCGUUUGAGUUGAAUGAAACCGGCUUUAAUCGUACAUAGCUUAUCGAAUAUUUUUAGCGCCGGUGUGUAUAGUUUGUCGGUUAUGAUUUGUGAAAAUGAUAUUUUUGUAUAUUUUUAUGUAAGGUAACAUUAAGUUAUUUAGUGGAAGCGCGUAUCGAGCGAGCGACGCUUACGUUUAGGUGCGUGCAGUAGGUUAUAGUGAUGAUUGUAAAGUCCUGUACUGAUAUUUGUAGUCCGAGGUCUGCCUUGCCGGUCGCACGUCACGAGCGUAGCGUAGCCUCAUUCCCCUUUGUAAUUAUUUUUAUAGGAAGCGUAGUUUCCUACGACACCUCAGAUUUUCUACGUCUAGAUGUAAUUGAAAAUAAAAUUAUUGUAUAUGGCUGUACAAAAAGUUAACAAAAUGAU